UCUUACACAAAUGCAUUACAAAAGGAUAUAAAAACGAUCAUUUUUCCUCCGUGAAAAUGAGCUUGUAGAAGAGUUGGGCCAUAAUUCCCACUUUUGUGAAAUGAUUUGUGAAAAAGUCAAUGAACAAUAUGCUACAAAUUUUACUUUGAACCAAGUCCGUCAACAUUUGAAAGACGAGUUACAAGUAAAAAUACCACAAAAUAGAGGUGAACCCUUCACUAAGGAGAUUGACAAUUCUAUUAAAGAAUCUAUGGAAAAGUUUGCUCAAUCAUCCAACCCAUAUGUGAAGGUUAGCGAUAAUAUUAAUAAACUAUAUGAUACGAACUAUACCUCAAAACAAAUUCGUCAACGUUGGAUAAGUAAACUCAAUACAGAUCUUUGUCAUGAUUCUCUUAGUGAGGUUGAAAAAUCAUUUAUCGUCCAAUGGGUUGAAAGUAAACCACAAGGGGAUACAAUACCUUGGAAAGAAUUAAUUCCCUUGAUGGAAACAAAAUUCGAGAAAUUGCGCUCCGAAAAUAUGGUAAAAAAUUUCUGGAACCUACGAAAAAGAACUCAAGCAAGUACUGAAUCGAAAUCGGAAACCGAUAACUCAAGGAAAAGAAAAAGAAGUCCUAAGUUGAAAGAGAAAAGUGAAAAACAACAAAAAAAAGUUUGUCAUGAACUUACUACUUUUGAAUAUGAAAAUGAAAAGUAUAUCAAAUCUUCACCACCAAAUGGAGAUUCGAAUGCAAGACCGAUGGAUACUUCACCCAAAAGUGAAGAGAAUAUCAUUCAUUCACCUCCUUUAAACGCAAGACAGAUGGAAACUUCCUUCAAAAGUGAUGAGAGGAUUCAUUUACCUUCUUUGAACGCAAGACCGAUGGAAAUUUCAUUUGAAAGUAAAGAGAGAAUUCAUUUACCUCCCUUGAAAGCAAGACCGAUGGAGAUUUCUGAAGAGAACACACCUCCAUCAAACAGAAUGGAAAUCUUAUGCUGGGCUGCUGCUGAGGCGUACAAACGUGAUUACCCCACUAAGUAAUAAUGAAAUAGUUCGGCUGUGCCGAUCUAUUCCCUUUAAAAUGUAUAUAAUUUUAAUUUACAAGUUAUUAUUUAUUU